GAUCGCGCCACCGUUGGCCGGUUGGAGUUGGAAACUCGGCCAGCCGAAGACCCAUGGUUGAGCCUAUUGUUCGCUUCCCGGCUUCAGAACGGUUUGUCCUCUCGAACAAUUCGCGGCCGUGCGCACGGAGACCCCGUCGAUGGCAGCUACGGGUUCCAGCCAAAGCGCAGGCACACCGGGUUUGUGUGUCAGCUUGUGUCUCAUGCGCUGUUUUGGUGACGCGAUGCUCGCUGGCUGGCCGUUGUCCCACAGCCUCCAAACAGGCUGCGCGAGCACGUUGCAUAGUUAUGUGGAAUGACGAUCCUUCGACUUGGUUCAGCAAACUCUUCCAGCCGGACACGUCGAUCUUCAAGCAAACCCGGCAAUAUUCCACCGGUGAUGCGGUGAAGGCUGCUUAUCGAGGCGCCCCCAUUGGCCUCAAAGAUCUGUCCAGGAAGUUCGGGCCCAAUGUGCCGAUCACGUCAUUGGAAAGUCCACUGUACCGGAUUUUUGCAUUCAUUUUGGCUUUCUUGGCGUAUCCUGGAAUUGUGCGGUUCUUGCGGUACGUCCUGCAGCUGAAUGAAGGUGAGAGUGCCGAUGAACUAGCAGACGUGGUGACGGACUUCGUGACUGUCGAGACUUUUGUGUUUGGAAGCUAUUCGGGUGUGACACUGACACUCCAAAUUCAAAGGCUUGCAGACCUUCAAACUAAUUGCGUGAGGGAGUGUGCCCUUUUGAGUUCGUUGGCUGAGCACACGGUGGAACUCUUCGAGUCCUUGAAGAAGGACACUUUGCCCGAGACCGCUCGGAAACCACUGGAACGUCUGGAGCGUCAGGCUCUAGAGGCGCUGUGGCACCACUCGGAGCGCUUGGCGUUCAGCACGCGCGGCGAGGAGCUGCUGGACAUCGCCGAGCGCCGGCAGAAGAGCGAUGGCAUCUCCAACUAUCGCGUGGCGUUGCUGCAGUGGGGGCGACAGCGCCGUGAAGGUGUUUGGAGCGAGAAGGUGUCAUUGUAUGAGCAGGAUUUGCAGCUCUGCAUGACCAUGGUGAACACCUUGAAGGACUUUCGUGCAGGCGCGCCAGGUGCAGGUCGGCUGUCCAGGGAAUCCUUGGUGCUUCCUCCGACCUUCUUUUGGACCUUCGGUUUGCUGUCGAUUUUCAUCUCCAUCUCCUUUGCACUCCGCGAAGCUGCAGACCCCAACAGUGAAUAUUCCAUCGUAGAUCGCUGCUUCUUCGCAGCCCUGACCUUGGCCUUCCUGACCCUCUUCCGGCUGGCGGUGGAUGUGAAUUAUCCCUUCAAGGGUGACUACCAGAUCCGCCGGGGCAGCAUUACAGCUGAGCUCAUCUCAGCAAGGGACACCCUGCAGCGGGCGCUCAAUGGAAUGUCGGAGCCUCCGCAGCCAUGA